UUGCUAUUUUACAGUCACUAGUCCCCAUUAGAUUCAUAGAAGAUAGAGCCAUAUAUAUGUUAUACAAAAGCUUUCUUACCUUUGCCCUCUCUCUCUCCCUCUCUCAUCCAAACACAACCCAAAACAAAGAAGAAAAAAACAAAAGAAAAUAAAGAGAAGCAAGUCUUGUGCUUUGGCCCUUGGGGACUGGCAAGUGUGCAAGCUUUGCUCGCAACUCUCAAAGCACAGCCUUUCUUGUGUACCAGUGCUUCAUAAAAAUUCUUUGAAAUCUGUUAAUUACAACCCACCACACCCCAGAACCCCAAAAACACAUGCUCUCACAUUUUUCUCUUCUUUACUUUUCUCAUCAUCAUCAUCACCACCACCGCCACUGCCACCACUACUACACCCAAGCCCACAACCAUUUUCGUGUUCCUCUUCCAGUUCCAAGCAGUCUUGAUCAAUUUCUUAGAGUUUAGAGAUUCAGAUUUGAUUUGGGUUAGUUCAAAAAGUAACCAAAGAUGAUCUCAUUAAGUGAUUUCUACCAUGUGAUGACUGCAAUGGUUCCACUCUAUGUGGCCAUGGUUCUGGCUUAUGGUUCUGUGAAAUGGUGGAAGAUCUUCACUCCUGAUCAAUGUUCAGGAAUCAACCGUUUUGUUGCUCUAUUUGCAGUCCCUCUUCUCUCCUUCCACUUUAUCUCUUCUAACAAUCCUUAUACCAUGAACCUUCGGUUCAUAGCUGCUGAUACGCUCCAAAAACUCAUUGUCCUUGCAGUUCUUGCAGUUUGGGCGAAUGUAAGCAAAAGGGGUUGCUUAGAAUGGGCUAUUACUCUAUUUUCAGUAUCAACUCUCCCAAACACUCUUGUUAUGGGUAUUCCUUUGCUUAAAGGAAUGUAUGGUGAAUACUCUGGGAGUUUAAUGGUUCAGAUAGUUGUGCUUCAAUGUAUCAUUUGGUACACUUUGAUGUUGUUCUUGUUUGAAUACAGAGGAGCCAGAAUGCUUAUUGGAGAGCAAUUCCCUGACACUGCAGGGUCUAUUGUCUCCAUCCAUGUUGAUUCUGAUAUCAUGUCACUUGAUGGAAGACAACCUUUGGAAACUGAAGCUGAAAUCAAAGAAGAUGGGAAGCUCCAUGUCACUGUGAGAAAAUCCAAUGCUUCAAGAUCAGAUAUCUUCUCAAGAAGGUCACAAGGACUUUCGUCCAACACCCCGCGGCCAUCAAAUCUCACCAAUGCAGAGAUAUACUCUCUGCAAUCAUCAAGAAACCCAACUCCCAGAGGAUCCAGUUUCAACCACACGGACUUCUACUCCAUGAUGGCUGCCGGUCGGAACUCUAAUUUCGGUUCUGCUGAUGUUUUUGGCCAACCUACGUCGCGUGGUCCGACGCCAAGGCCGUCCAAUUUUGAAGAUGAAAAUGGGGUGGGUAACAAGGCAAGAUACCAUUACCAGGCACAAAGUGGUGCGACCCACUACCCGGCUCCUAACCCCGGAAUGUUUUCCCCAACUGGGUCCAAAGGUGUGACUGCUGCUAAUGCAAAAAAGGCAAAUGGACAAGCACAGCAGAAACCAGAAGAAGGAAAUGGUAGGGAUCUUCAUAUGUUUGUUUGGAGUUCAAGUAAUUCUCCUGUAUCAGAUGUAUUUGGUGGGGGUGGGGGUCAUGACUAUGCUUCUCAUGACCCAAAAGAUGUAAGAUUGGCUGUCUCUCCAGGAAAAGUUGGUGGUCAAAGAGAGAAUAAUCAGGAGGAUUACUUGGAAAGAGAUGAAUUCAGCUUUGGAAAUAGAGGAUUAGAGAACAACAAUCAUCAUGAAGGAGGAGAUAAAGUGAUUGAUAGCAAGCCAAAAACCAUGCCUCCAACAAGUGUAAUGACAAGGCUUAUACUGAUCAUGGUUUGGAGAAAACUUAUCAGAAACCCCAAUACUUACUCCAGCUUAAUUGGUCUAAUCUGGUCCCUAGUUUCAUUCAAGUGGCAUGUAGAGAUGCCUGCCAUUAUAGCAAAGUCUAUCUCAAUACUGUCAGAUGCAGGGCUUGGCAUGGCCAUGUUCAGUCUUGGUCUGUUCAUGGCUUUGCAACCAAGGAUCAUAGCAUGUGGAAAUUCCGUUGCAGCUUUUACAAUGGCUGUGAGAUUCCUUACAGGUCCAGCUGUGAUGGCAGCUGCUUCUAUUGCUGUUGGACUAAAGGGUGAUCUCUUACACAUUGCCAUUGUCCAGGCAGCUCUACCACAGGGAAUUGUCCCCUUUGUCUUUGCUAAGGAAUACAAUGUACACCCUGAUAUUCUCAGUACAGGGGUUAUAUUUGGGAUGCUGGUUGCAUUGCCUAUAACUUUAGUUUACUACAUUUUAUUGGGUUUGUGAAGUGAGAAAGUUUGUGAAGAAACUUAAAGAUGGUGGUGGUAAUCCAUCAAAGAAAAAUUUGACACAAGCAGAGAAAGGAAGGAAGGACAGAGUCCACCAUGAAUCUUUUGUCUUCAAAUGUAUUUUUCUUUCGUAGUAAAUUUGUAAAACUCCAUGUUUGUAGUCAAUUUAUAACAAAAGGAAUGUUUCCCCUAGUUAAUUAAUUAAAUUAGUGUACUUUCAACUUCUAUAUAUUAUUCCCCUACAUUUUUAGGUUCA